GACGUCCUUGUAAAAGGAGAAAGAGGAUGGUACGUGUUUUACCCGGAUUUUCUAAUUUCGGACUGUGCUGGAAGUGCUUGGUAAACCUUAAUGCUCUAUUAAAAGGUGUUAGUAAUUAUUCUUAUGAUAUUUAGACGCAAGCUGAAGCCCCCUCGUGAAGUCAAAUCAGAUCUACUUCAGAAUUCCUGAUCUUAGUAAGCCCACGAGGGUCCAGAUAUCAGCAAACUUCAGAGUUGAAAAGAACCCGGAGAUUGAGGGAGUGAUGUGUAUUCAGGCUCCGGAUUUUAUCUUUUUCCUUUGCUUUCUUUUUUGCCUCCCUAAAGUGUGCGGGGAAGAUCCCUAAUCUAGACGUAAGGGUUCGAAGACCUCGAAUAUAUACAUAUUCCUUUGGGUAUGUAUGCAUCCUAGGUAAAAAAAAAAAAAAAAUCCACGACUCUGCUCCAAUCUCACGCGUGUCCACAACAGAUCGUGGGGAGGCGCUCAUCGCUCGAAACCUCGUCCAAGUCGGACACAGCUUUGGGCCAAAAAAGUGCCUCUAGCCCUCCUUUAACCUUAGGUUUGGUAUGCUCAGGUUCCUCGGGAUAGCAAUGCACCCCCUUUCCCUCCCUCCAGCAUAUUUAGGGUCGCCAAUUUCCACCACUUGCUCCUCCAUGUUUACUGUCAGUCGCCUUAGGAGGAGACUCCAGGAGCUGCUCCUUUUUCCUGGCCCUCUGCAAAUCUUUCUCUAGAUUACCCUUGGGGUACUAGGAAAGAAGCCAGGGAUUGAGGUGUGUCACAGGGCCAUCCGCGAAGGGAUCAGGUUUACUUCCAUUGUCUGCCCAAUUCGGGGUUCUGGACUCCACCUGUCCCCUAAGGAACCAGGGCGCCAUCUGGGGAAAAUGCGGUCGACUUUUCUGAGUCCCUUGUCAGAAUUAUCUCAAGCAUUUUGCGCUGCGCUGACAGUAGGUUGAUGAGGGUGGGGGGAAGCCUAGAAACCACCUCCUCCCAGCUAGAGACCCUCCAGGAUACUGCUGCAAAGCAAGAAGUUUCCCUCUGGCCCCGAACUCCUCCUCCUCCUUUUCCUCGCAGGAUCAGGGUCGGGAAAAUGGGGCAGGCGUUUUGUGAAUCUCGCCCCCCACCCCCCACUCUCCCCUACUCGGAGAUUUCCACCUGCUCGCUUCCCACAACCCACCUAAGUCAGAAAAAUCUGCUCUGGACUACAGCUUUGCAGUUCCAGAGGAUCGCGGGGUGAGCAGGAGACCGAGGGGGGUAGGUGGGGAAGGACACCCUACAAACAGGUUAGAAACAGAAACUAGGGAUGCAAGAUUGGGAGAAAUAAUGCUUGAUGCUCUGAAUUGAGGGGGAAAGGGUCUAGCAUACUCUUAAUUGGGACACAUACACAAACUGGGAGGAAACUUCGAGCCUAGAAGGGUGGGUGGCGGGGAGUGGGGACACAAUAAAAUAAAAAAACAAAAACCGAAAGGGGUGUCCAAAGCUGGACGCUGUUGUUCUGGCUCCCUUCUUUUUUUCCCCUUUCCAAAAAUCCCCAGUUCCCCAAUUCGUCCUCCAGGUCCCCUCUUCCCUCGGCAACCGAGCCGCUCGCGCUGCCGCCCCAGCAACAGCUAGAUGUCAGGCGAAGCCCGGAGCCGGGAAAAGCAGCAGGCAGGGGAGGGGACGGUGGAGGAGCGCCCGGCUCGGCCAGCACAGGGGGUGGGAGGGCUGAGCCCGGGGAGAGGAGGGGGGGUGAGGGAGGGAGGAAGGGGGGCAGCUGUGGGCAGGGAGCCGCGCUCGGCCGCCAGCACUAAAGAUGGAGAGGCGCCGGGGCCUCGCAGGGGAGGGGGCUCGGCGUUGACGUGGGACGCGGCGGAGGCGCCGCAGCCGGUGGUGAUUUGCUAACCUCGCAGCAGAGAGGAGUUAAGGGCGAUGAGAGCGGGUACUGCGAACUGCCGGGCUAUGCCGCCGCCGCCGCCGUAAUACCGAGAGCAACAGUUCCACCACAACACCCCUCCCAGACACAGACACACACACACCCCCACAGGCACGCACACCCACCCCAGAGCGCACGGCUCGGCAGCGCUGACCCUGCAAGAGACCAGAAGGAAAGCAGCCUCAUGCCUAAGCCCCGGACAGUGCCAUGGAUCUGACAAAGAUGGGCAUGAUCCAGUUGCAGAACCCCAGCCACCCCACGGGGCUGCUGUGCAAAGCCAACCAGAUGCGCUUGGCAGGGACCCUGUGUGAUGUGGUCAUCAUGGUGGACAGUCAGGAGUUCCAUGCUCACCGGACAGUCCUGGCCUGCACCAGCAAGAUGUUUGAGAUCCUUUUUCACCGAAACAGCCAGCACUACACCUUGGACUUCCUGUCGCCAAAGACCUUCCAGCAGAUCCUGGAGUACGCCUAUACGGCCACCCUCCAGGCCAAGGCCGAGGACCUGGAUGACCUGCUGUACGCAGCAGAGAUCCUGGAGAUCGAGUACCUGGAAGAGCAGUGUCUGAAGAUCCUGGAAACCAUUCAGGCCUCGGAUGACAAUGACGCGGAGACUGCCAUGGCGGAUGGCGGUGCCGAGGAGGAGGAGGACCGAAAGGCGAGGUACCUCAAGAACAUCUUCAUCUCGAAGCAUUCCAUCGAGGACGGUGGGUACGCUGGCGUGGCCGGGCAGCAUCUCCCCGGAGCCCCAGCAGAGCAGAACCCGUCUGGCUCCACCUCCUUCGGCCUGGCAGCCAUGAGUCCCACCAAGGCCGCGGUGGAUAGUUUGAUGAGCAUCGGGCAGUCUCUGCUCCAAGGAGCCCUGCAGCCUCCCGGAGCGCCCGACGAGUCCGGCUUGGCCAGCGUCGGGCGGCACCCCGGGGUGACCGAGGUGAAGACCGAGAUGAUGCAGGUGGAUGAGGCACCCGGGCAGGACAGCCCGGGGGCCGCCGAGUCCAGCACCUCCGCAGGUGGCGGGGACAAGGCCGAGGAGAGGAGCAAGGACGGGCCUGGGACGCCCACCAGGAGCAGCGUCAUCACCAGCGCUCGGGAGCUGCAUUACGGACGGGAGGAGACCUCGGAGCAGCCGGCGCUCCCUGCCGAAGCCAGCCAGGCCCCGCCUGGCCGGCCCGAGCACUCCGUCGGCUCGGCUGACAAGCACCUGGGCAUCUAUUCUGUUCUUCCCAAUCACAAAGCGGACUCGGUACUGAGCAUGCCGUCCUCUAUGACCUCGACCCUGCACAUGCAGCCAGCGGCCCUGGCUGUCUCCAUGGACUUUAGCACCUAUGGUGGGCUAUUGCCACAGGGCUUCAUCCAGAGGGAGCUCUUUAGCAAACUGGGCGAGCUGGCCGUGGGCAUGAAGACGGAGAACCGGGCCGUGGGGGAGCAGUGCAGCGUCUGUGGGGCUGAACUUCCGGACAAUGACGCCGUGGAGCAGCACAGGAAGCUCCACAGCGGGAUGAAGACGUACGGGUGUGAGCUGUGUGGGAAGCGGUUCCUCGAUAGUUUACGACUGAGAAUGCACUUACUGGCUCACUCAGCUGGUGCCAAAGCCUUCGUCUGUGAUCAGUGUGGGGCCCAGUUCUCCAAGGAGGAUGCGCUGGAGACACACAGACAGACACACACAGGCACUGACAUGGCCGUCUUCUGUCUGCUGUGCGGAAAGCGCUUCCAGACUCAGAGUGCACUCCAGCAGCACAUGGAGGUCCAUGCAGGUGUUCGCAGCUACAUCUGCAGUGAGUGCAACCGCACCUUUCCCAGCCACACGGCUCUUAAGCGCCACCUUCGCUCGCAUACAGGUGACCACCCAUAUGAAUGCGAAUUCUGUGGCAGCUGUUUCCGGGACGAGAGCACGCUCAAGAGCCAUAAGCGUAUCCACACAGGAGAAAAGCCCUAUGAGUGCAAUGGCUGUGGAAAGAAGUUCAGCCUCAAGCACCAGCUGGAGACCCAUUACAGGGUCCAUACAGGUGAGAAGCCCUUCGAGUGUAAGCUCUGUCACCAGCGGUCCCGGGACUACUCGGCCAUGAUCAAGCACCUGAGAACCCACAACGGCGCCUCCCCCUAUCAGUGCACCAUCUGCACCGAGUACUGCCCCAGCCUCUCGUCCAUGCAGAAGCACAUGAAGGGCCACAAACCCGAGGAGAUCCCGCCCGACUGGAGGAUCGAGAAGACGUACCUCUACCUGUGUUACGUGUGAGGGGCUGCGGGCGGAGGAGGAGGGCAGGAAGCGGAAGAGGACGGCUCGAGGGAGAGACGGGAUCACGGGGGCCGCACACACUCACACUCACACACACAGAAGAGAAGCGGACUGCACGGGCCCUGGGCGGGCCGUGCCGGACAGAAGACAUGCUUUUCGUUUGGGGAGGGGGCUUUGUUUUGUUCUGCUUCAGUAGUGUUCUCCUGCUCUUCCCUGCCCUCUCGCCUUGACCCUUCUUCCUCUGACAGGGAGCCAGGCUUAGGGAAGCGGGGGCAGGCUUAUGGAUCUCCCCUUAAUUCGGGCCGGGCUCUCCUCAGAGAGGAGCGGGGAGGAGAGGGAUCCGUGGAGUUUGUCAUCUGCUGUGGAAUGACAGCACUGGCUGGCUAGGUCCUGCCCCGUCUCCCCCAUCACACACACACACACACA